AUUACAUCGAACCGGCGGUUAAACAGCAGGUGUGAGAGAGAGAGAGAAUGGAUCCACAUUCACUGACACCAAAAAAAGAGAGGAUGGAUUCACGGGAGAGGGAACCGCCGGUGGCGGCGACGACGACGACGACGAAACAGCAACCUUACUUGAGCAGCCUGGUUGUGCGGCCCACUGAGAGCAGCGGUGGAGGUGGAGGAGGUAGCGACUACGAGUCUGGAGAAGUUCGCCAUGAUCCUCGUUCCGAUCGAUUCCCGGAAUCAGCUUUCAAAGUUGCUUGGUCAAGAACUUGGAUAUUGGGUAAAGCAUAUUUGUAUGAGUGCAGGGCUGGAAAUUUGGUUUGGGGAAAAUUUUUGGAUUUUGGAGAAUGCAUAUAUUGUUGGGAUAUGAAUUUUGGUUGAGCUUGUGGGUGGUAAGUUAAAUCACAUCUACAUGUCAGUAAAUUUGGUGUCCAGAAGUCAUGGACAGGAUGUUUUGGUUGGAGUGAUGAAAGAAUUGUCUUUGGCAUGGGUUUCAAUCAAAGCUUAGCUACUAAUACCCAGUUCAAUUUUGUGAAUGUGGGAGAACUUCAUGCUUUCAUUAAAUGGUUACCAAGGGGGAGAUGGGACUUUGGUCAUAACUUUCUUGUGUUUUUAACUGCCAGUAGUAUUGACAUAUUUCAAGUUUAUCACAAUACGAAUGACGUUAUAGGAGUGUUAUAGAGGGUACACCCAAAUUGUUUUCUUUGGAGGCUGGUAUUGGUUGUUGCUAGAUGAGAUUGUGGUUGGCAUUGGAUUUUGGGAGUUGGAUUUUCUGAAUCCUAUGAUUGCUUCAAAUUUUAGAAUUUCAUGUAGUUGGAAUCCUUUUAGUGAAUCCCUGUUUAAAAUUUGUGGAGUUGGUAAAUGUUUUUGUGAUGCCCAGUGAUUUGCUUGAGAUCUAUAGGAUUUACUAUCAUUUUUGGAUGGUUAACUGGAACUUAACGUGGAGUACUACUUUCUUGGAGUUAUUUGAAUGGUUAGAUGGUUUCAGCAUUCAGUGCAUGAUUUUUGUUACUGUUUCCAGUUAUACGGGUUGUUGAGUUAUUAUCAACACUUUGGCACCUAUUAUAUACGAAGUAAUUUGGAGGUUGCUGAAUGAUAAAUAGAGCAGUGUUUGGGAAGAUGUUGGUUGAAGGCAUUCUUCUGAUGGCUUGGUUUUUCGUUUCUUCCUGGUUUAUCUCUAGUGACAGGAGGUAGUAAGGAGUUAUAUUUGGGAUGUAUGCUUACAUGGACCUCACCUACUAGUCUCUUGGAUCAUGGUGUACAACAAAUUUUGGAUGGAAAUGUCUUUGAAGUUGUUACUAGGUAGUCUAUAUUUUGCCUACCCAAAUGACUUCUUCUCACAAGAUGUUGAGAUGGUUUCUGAAAAAACAGGCUGAUUGUUGUCAGUGAGUUGUUGAAUCAGGUGGCUAUCUCUGGUUGCUACUUUCCAUUUGGUGAUUGAUUUCCGUAUGGGUUCUCUUGUUGGUUUCCUGGUUUGACCGGCACUUACUUUUCCUGAAUGAGAUACUCCAGACAUUAUUUCUGGGGUCAUUUUAUUGGGCAUAGGUCCUCACAGAAUUUUAGGUAUUGGUAUCUAUUUUUCCUCAAUUAUCUGCAUUUGGCAGAUUUGGAUGAAAUGUGGUCUUCUACUUGAACACAAGGGGUCUGAUUAAGUAUUGGUUGCUUCAGAUUCAUGAUUUUGGCUUAAUAUUUGCAGAUAAUAGGCUCUAAAACUUCUUAACCAUAUACUGGUACAUCAAUAGAAGAUACAGAUCAUGCACAUAGUAUGUUGAACUUGUUCUAUAGUUGGGGAUUGUGGCCUUCCAUUACCAUGGUGGGUAUUGCUUGUAACUACGGUCAUUACUUAUACAUCAGUUAGUUGCCUCCAGAGUGAACGACUGGCAGGUAUCUUGUGAGAAUGUUACAAUCUUCUGCACUAAAUCUUGUGUUUGUUCUACUCAUAAAUCUAUAUGGAGGGAGGCCACGGAUGCAGGAAGCCGUCGUUCAAAGUUACUUGGUUGUUGGCAUUUUGUGGAUCAACAAUCUUGGGCUUACAAUGUAGUUCCUCUCUAAUUUUCACUGGGCUCAUAAUUGCUUACCUUUGGACCUCACUCGUCUCCUUUUCAGGAUAUGGGUUGCGUGCAGGUUCUGGUUCUCCUUUGCGCCAUAGAAAAUUUGAUCGUUAUUAUGGUUCUGAUUUUGAUCGUCCAGCUGGGUCGCAACGAGGUCGUGGAUUUAGGGGGGGAAGGGGUCAUGGCAGAUUUCAAGAUUAUUCACCUCCUUAUGGCCGAGGAAGGAGCAGUGGCAGGUCCUAUGCAAGAGGUUUUGAAGAACCUGGAUUUGGUACUCCCCCCUUCAGAGGUGAAGGCAUCAACAGAAAUAACCCAAAUGUGUCUCCAAGAGAAGGAGAUUGGAUAUGCCCAGAUCCCUCUUGUGGGAACCUGAACUUUGCACGACGGGAAUACUGCAACAAAUGCAAUAGACUUCGUUUUGGACCUGGUAGUAGUCCUAGAAGGAAUUAUCAGGGUCCAGUUCCACAUGCUCCUCCACCACGCUUCUUUGGUCCACCAACGAAUCGCUCUCCUGCUAGAGGCAUGAAUGGCUAUAGGUCCCCACCACAUGAUUGGGGCAGAGAUCGUCCUAGGAUGUUUGAUGCUGAUCCACCUCACCUCAGGCAUGGAGGAAGGUUUCCAGAGAAUCAGAUGCGGAGAGAGAGGCUAGAUUACCCUGAGGAGGAAGAAGACUACAGGGCAAGGGACAAGUUUGAUGGGCCUCUGCCUCUUGAAUGGGGCCCUAGAGACCGUGGAAGGGAGAACUUUUUCCAUGAAAGGAGAGGGUAUGAUGGGAGGAAUGAUCGACAUCCACUGUCUCCACCACCGCCUCCAUCUCAUCGUGGCCGGUGGGGUCAUGAUUUGAGAGAGAGAAGCCGAUCACCGAUUAGGGUUGGACCUCCACCAAGGGAUUUUAGGAGGGAUCCAUAUAUGGACAGAAGACUGGAAGGUCGACAGGAUAUGAUUGAAGACUGAAUAGGUGAACCAUACUAGCUUGGUUUAGCCACUGGUAGCAAGGAAAGGUUCUAGUUCAAAGUUCAAAGUUCAAAUUGCUGGUGUUUUUCCUUUGAAGAAGUUAUUCUGGACUGAGAGAGGAUAUAGAUCGAAGCUUGAUAAAUUAGAAGUUGGGGAAGUAUAGAUUUCUUGUUUUGUAGCAAUCUGGUUUUCCAAUGGUGGGAUUCCAAUGUGCACAGUUACUUUUUUUUGGAGACUUAUUCGAUUGGUACGUUUUUUAUUCUUCUGCUCA